UGAGCUAUGUUACAAAUUAUAUGAUUAUUUUUUUUAAGAAAUCUUGCGAAUUCACGAGAGAAUUAUGAGAUUGUUUAGCUGACUAAAUAACGUAAUGUACAUGAAUCUACAUAUUUUAUCGUGCGUAGAUAAGCUCUACCAAAUAAACAUUUUUAGAGUGGGGUAAUACAUAUUUCAAUACUCGCCGCGAAAUGCGAUAUUGUGUCUCUUGAUGCUGUAAGAGAGAGAUUAUUAAUAUUUCAUAUAAGAAGAAUUUAAACUUUGCGAUUCGAAAUGGCUAGUUUGAAAUUUCUAACACCGGAACAGAAGAAAUUCUGGCAGGAGAAUGGAUACAUCAAGUUAUCAAAUGUGUACUCCAUAAAGGAAAUAAAUGAAAUAUCGGAUGUCUAUAAUGAAUUAUUCGAGAGGAAACAUCGUGAAAAUCUGCCAGGUCUGGAGGCCGGUUGGAAAGGAGAAGAUAUGAAGAAAGCAGCUAACCAUAUUGAUUAUACUGUAAAAUCCAUCCAUAAUUUGCAAAUGCACAGUGCUACUUUUACUCGAGCCAUUAUGCAUCCGAAUUUAUUGGACGCUCUUGAGGAUAUCAUGGAUACUGAGGACAUUCUGCUGCAUCAUACCAAGGCGCACGUAAAGCCACCAGAGAAAGGCGCGCCUUACUUAAUGCAUCAGGAUUAUCAUUACUUUCCCCACAAAAAUCACACCAUGCUGGCUGUGUUUCUACAUCUAGAUGACACAACGCCGGAAAAUGGCGGUCUGGCGGUAUAUCCUGGUAGUCAUAAGCUGGGACCAUUGAAGGAUCACGGAUUGACCGACGAAAAAGGUGACCAGUAUCACUACGUUGAUCCCGAGAAGUAUCCUUUAUCGAAAGCCACGGCCGUGACUGCUAAGAAAGGUGACAUCAUCAUCUUCUCCUACUUGCUGCUUCACGGUUCGUAUCUGAAUCUGUCCAGCAAAAGUCGACGAAUGUUCCUCAUACAAGUGAGAGCAGCCGACGACGAGCCGACCGAGGAUGUGCACAAAUCUCCUUGCCAGGGUAUGGUACUCCGCGGUAAAAAUGUUCACAGAGACGCGUCGAUGGUCAACAGACACGUGCAUUAAUCUAGCCAAGCAAAUAUUUAUUCUACUAUCAAAUUUGAUUGUAAUAAAGUACAAGGUCAUAGGA